AUGGCGACGCUGAGGGAUGGCAUGCCCAACUGGUUUGACCUUGUUGAUUUUCGCCAAGAAAUCCUCCACGGCCAUGAUACAGACCCCUCUGUGCCUCUGUUCGUGGCUGUAGGCGGGGCCAUGGGUCAGCAAUCUAUCUUCUUCAAAAACGCAUACUCUGACCUUCAGGGGAGGGUCAUUGUCCAAGACCAGGCACAAGUCGUUAGCCAGAUUGAAACGACGCCUCUACCGGGUUUCGAGGGUAUAGAGGCCAUGGCUCACGACUUUUUCAAGCCCCAGCCAAUCAAAGGAGCACGGGCAUGCUAUCUCAGAAUGAUUUUCCAUGACUGGCCCGGUCACAAGGCUGUUGAGAUUCUUAGACAUCUUAGGGAUGCCAUGAAUGAGGGCUCUUACCUUUUGAUUGAUGACACGGUCUUGUCUGAGAAGCAGGCUCCGUGGAAAGCCGCGUUUUUGGAUAUGACCAUGAUGUGCCAACUUGGGGCGCAGGAGCGCACCAAGGCUGAGUGGGAAAGACUCACGGCCGAGAGUGGAUUCAAGAUCCUCAAGAUCUGCGAGUACGCUCCUGAUGCUCAAGAAAGCCUGAUUAUUGCUGUGAAGUCGACAUAG